UAUGGCACUACUUCUCCAAUCGGAGACUGAUUUCGGUCUGGGACUUCUUCGUCAACAGAAUAUUUCCGAAUCUCUCGCAUUUUCUCCACUUUCCAUUGCCUUAGCUCUAUCUCUGGUUCAUGUAGCGGCAAAAGGAGAAACUCGUGAUCAGAUUCGUGAAGCUCUCGUAAAAGGAUCCACCGAUGAACAGCUCGAACAGCAUUUUGCAAACAUCUCCGCUGCACUAUUGGCGGCUGAAAGAGGAACCGAAGUAAAACUUGCGAAUCAUGUCUUCACUAGAGCCGGAUUUAAAAUCAAGCAAUCGUACUUAGAUGAUGUCAAGAAACUUUACAACGCUGGCGCAAGUUCACUUGAUUUUGACAAUAAGGAAGCUACGGCCGAAGCGAUCAAUAAUUUUGUUCGUGAAAAUACAGGAGAUCAUAUCAAGAAGAUUAUUGGAUCGGACAGUAUCAACUCAGAUCUCGUCGCUGUUCUCACCAAUGCUCUCUACUUCAAGGCUGAUUGGCAAAACAAAUUCAAAAAGGAUUCUACAUUCAAGAGCGAAUUCUUCAGUUCAGCUGAUUCGAAACGAGAAAUCGAUUUUCUCCAUGCCUCCAGUGUCUCGAGAGAUUACGCCGAAAAUGAUCAAUUCCAAGUUCUCAGUCUUCCAUAUAAGGACAACACAUUUGCACUCACAAUUUUCCUUCCAAAAACCCGUUUCGGAUUGACCGAGUCGCUCAAAACUCUGGAUUCUGCAACUAUUCAACACCUUCUAUCAAAUGUCUCCAGUACUUCGGUUAAUGUUCAAAUUCCAAAGUGGAAGAUUGAGACAAAGUUGGGACUCGAAGAAGCUCUUCAAUCGCUCGGAAUUAAAAAAGCGUUCGAUAAUGAUGCAGAUCUUGGAAAUAUGGCAGAUGGCCUCUACGUUUCAAAAGUCACUCACAAAGCUCUCAUUGAGGUUGACGAAGAAGGAACCAAAGCCGCUGCAGCUACUACUGUAUCAAUUUCGCUCAAGUCAGCCAUGUUCGUAAUGGAAGAGCCAAAAGAUUUCACAGCCGACCAUCCAUUCUUUUUCGUUCUGUCAAAAGAUAACCACCCUCUUUUUGUCGGCCUUCAUCAUUAGAACUUUCUCGAACGAAACGUUUUUUGUAUUAUAAUUUGUUCGCUAAUUACUUGAUAAUACCGCGUGGAUAUGUAAAUUUCUGAUUUUUCUGCGAAAAAUUUAAAUAAAUGUAUAAUAAAUAUCGU